GCAGGGAGACAGAAGUCUGGGGAGGCGUCAGGCAAUGCACCCGCAGAGAAAAGCCUUGCAGCUGGAUCCUGGGAAGGCUUACUCUUAACCACUUGAGUAAGGGUUUCUUUCCGUGGCCGGAUGCUAGCCGAGAGAAGGGGAAGAUAAUGGAAGGGCGUGACCCAGAAGAACCUGUAGUUGGCCAGAGAUCAAGGAAAGGCAGCCUUCCCACCCAAGCUGGGAGUGGCACUGAAUUCUGGGAAAGAGCUCUGCCAGAGAUCCUGGAUCAGGACACCGUGACCUCAGAUGAAUAUUGUCGACUCUUCCGGCUGUUCCACUACCACGAGGCCGAUGGUCCCCGAGAGGUUUGCAGCCAGCUCCAUGGACUCUGCAACCAGUGGCUGAAGCCGGAGAAGCACACCAAGAAACAGAUCGUGGAUUUAGUGAUCCUGGAGCAGUUCCUGACCAUCCUGCCCCAGGAAAUGCAGUGCUGGGUCAGAGGACACGGGCCAGAGACCAGUUCCCAGGCGGUGGCCCUGGCCGAAAGUUUCCUCCUGGAUCAGGUAGAGGAGAAGAGGCAGACAGAGCAGAUAUGGGGGCCAUCCGCGAAGACAGAAAUGAAGUUCUCUGAGGUAAAAGAAACUCCUUCAGAAGAAAGUAAGAGGGAGCAGGCUCAGGAGGGUGCCCAAGACAUCCUAUCCAGUGGCAGUGAAGAGAUGUUGCCAAGCCCGCUUCUUUGCAGAGAGAUGAAAAUGGCUGCUCAGCCAAUGGUCCAGUCUCCCUUUUCCUUUGAGGAGGUGGCCAUGUGUUUCACUGAGGCUGAGCAGGUCUUGCUGGAUCCGGGCCAAAGAGCUCUCUACCGCGAAGCCAUGCAGGAGAACUGUGGGAGCGUAGCCUCUCUGGUGGCAGAGGAAGAGGACACAGCUGAGGAAUUCCAGAGGUUCUCUUUGGAAAAAGUCAAGACUGAAGAGGCCGAAGGAAACUUGGGAGAUGGAGAUGGACCACAGAGGCAAGAGGGAAGCCAAUCAGCAGGAGAUGAUCAGAAGAACGAGAAGGUUGAGGAACGGCAUCGUGCGUCGCCAGUUGAAGUAAAGAAUGAAGACAUGAGGGGAAACUUCAGCAAUCAAGAUGGACCCAGUUGGCAAAAAGGCAACCACAUGGUCAAGGAGAGGGAUUUCCCUGAAGUAGUUCACAUGGUGGAGGAAGCAUGCAAGUGCUCGGAGUGUGGAAUGUAUUUCCCAGAUCAAACCCAAUAUAAUGUCCAUUUACGAAUGCACACGGAAAAGAAGACCCAUCUGCACCUAGAGCGUAGAAAGACCAUAACUGAUCAAAGAACACAUACAGAAGAGAAACCUUAUAGCUGCUCUGACUGUGGCCAGAGCUUCUCACAGAAAUUAGACUUUGUUCGGCACCAAGGAGCUCAUUCAGGAGAGAACCUCUUUAUCUGUUCUGAGACUGGAAUGACAUUCUCUUAUGAAGAAAAGGGUAAUACACAUUUUCCAGGGUGCGUUGCAAGGAAAGCACAUAAAUGCUUCAAGUGUGAAAAGUACUUCAGAUACCGAUCGCAGCUCCUUGUGCACCAAAGGAUGAACAGAGGGGAGACACCUUUUGAAUGCCCGGAGUGCGGAAUGAAAUUCAUUCGGUGUGAUCAUCUUAAACAGCAUCAAAGGAGCCACAGAGGGGAGAAGCCUUUGGAAUGCUCUGAGUGUGGAAUGAAAUUCAGUCGGAGUGAUCAUCUUCAAGAGCAUCAAAGAACCCACACAGGGGAGAAGCUUUUUGAAUGCUCAGAGUGUGGGAAGAGAUUCAGUCAGAAUAGUAAUCUUCAACAGCAUCUAAGAACCCAUGCAAGGGAGAAAGCUCAUGACUGCUCAGAGAGCGGGAAGAGAUUAAAUGACAGUAGCGCUCUUCAGAAUCAUGAAGAGAAGCCUUUGCAAUGCUCAGAGUAUGGGAAGAGAUUUGAUCAAAUUAGCACUCCUCAACAACGUCUAAGAACACACCCAGAGGAGAAGCCUUUUGAAUGCUCUGAAUGUGAAAUGAAAUUCAGUAGGGGUGGCCAUCUUCAACAACAUCAAAGGACCCACACGGGGGAGAAGCCGUUUGAAUGCUCAGAAUGCGGAAAGAGAUUCAGUCAGCUUGGCCCUCUCCAACAGCAUCGAAGAACCCACUCAGGGGAGAAGCCCUUUGAAUGCUCAGAGUGCGGGAAGAGAUUCACUCAGCGUUGCCACCUUCAGCAGCAUCAAAGAACCCACACGGGGGAGAAGCCCUUUGAAUGCUCAGAGUGUGGGAAGAGAUUCGAUCAAAGUACCACUCUUCAGCAACAUUUAAGGACGCACACGGAGGAGAAGCCUUUCGAAUGCUCUGAAUGUGGAAUGAAAUUCAGUAGGAGUGGCCAUCUUCAACAACACCAAAGGACCCACACGGGAGAGAAGCCCUUUGAAUGCUCAGAAUGUGGAAAAAGAUUCAGUCAGCCUGGCCCUCUCCAACAGCAUCAAAGAACCCACACAGGGGAGAAGCCCUUUGAAUGCUCAGAAUGUGGAAAGAGAUUCAGUCAGCGUUGCCAUCUUCAGCAGCAUCUAAGAACCCACACGGGGGAGAAGCCCUUUGAAUGCUCCGAGUGCACAAAGAGAUUCAGUCGGAGCGAUGCUCUUCAGUGUCAUCUUAGAACCCACACAGGAGAGAAACCUUUUCAGUGCUCAGAGUGUCUGAAGAGCUUCAGCCGGAAUGACGCUCUUGAAUGUCAUCUACGAAUCCACACAGGGGAGAAGCCUUUUGAGUGCUUAGAGUGUGGGAGGAGAUUCAGGCACAAUGGUACCCUUCAACAGCAUCUAAGAACCCACACAGUGAGAAACCUCAUGAGUGCUCAGAGUGUGGGAAUAGAUUCAGUGACAGUAGCACUCUCAGAUAACAAAGAAACCCACACAGGGGAGGACUCUUUUUAAUAGUUAGCGUGUGGAAAGAGAUUCAGUCAGAGUAACUUGCUUAAGGUGCAUCAAAGAAUCCACACAGGGGGGAAAUUUUUUGAAUGCUUAGGAGUGUGGGAAGAGAUCCCGUCGCAGUGGCCGUCCUCAACAGCAUCGAAGAAUCCACAGAGGGAAGAAAGCUUUUGAACGUUCAGGGUGUAGAAAGACAUUCAGUCGGCGUGGCCGUCUUCGAAAGUAUCUAAGAACCGCUCAAGGAUAAGCCAUGUAACUCCUUAGCCCCAGGGGCGUUGGACUCAUUAGGGCUGGAUCUUGCAUGAAUGUCACUUUGUUGGGCUAGGCUGUUAUGUGCCAUAAAAUGUAAUGCCAGAUACCAAGCUGUCAAGUUCCAGGUCUUUCAAUAAUGAGACUCUUUGUUAAAA